UAGAAAUUUCAUCCGAAAAGGGAAACGCGUCUCAUCUAUUCUCUAUUAGUAAAUGUUGCUUCUCUGUUAAUGUAAAACUUGGUCGCUUAAGAAAUAACAUGGUUAGCGAAAUUGUGAGAUGGGUAAGGCAACCAAAGAUAUGGAGAUUUGUGGGUUUUGUUUCAGCUGUUGCAGGACUCCUCUGUUAUGCUCUUAGCUCUUCCUUCAACCAUCUAUUCGGAAACUGGAAUUUGUUGAAGAUUAUUCUUUACACAUUUUUCAGUUUCAUUAUUUGCCUUGCAAUUCUUUUUGCAAACAAAUGGCAAAACUCACCAAGUCUCCGGAUGAGAGCUCAUUUGGUAUUUUCUGUUUUCACAAUCACCACUGUUUACUCUUAUUUCUUUGAUAAAGUUAACGGAAAACCAGAUGUAUACAGUUUGGUUUCAGGUGCCGCGUUUGCUAUCAUGUCACUGGGUUUGUCAAAGCAGAGUCACUUUGGGUUCGAAGUUGAUCUUUUGUAUUUUUUUUGCGGAUAUCUAACUUUACAAUUCAUGAAGAUAAAGUUGUUUUUGGUCAUUGCUGGAGCGAUUUUCAGUUAUCCACUCAUCAUUCUUCGUUUUUAUCUGCACGUCCCUACUGAAUAUUCAGAAGAAUUAACCAAUACUGCUGAUUAUCAUGUUGUUCAAAUUGAUGGCUCCCAGGUCAAUUUUGAUAGUCUUGUUGCUCCUGACUUUGAUGCCUUUCCUGACUCCUUAACCUUGGUCAGUCAAAUCAAUUCACCUUCGCAACAAGUCAACAUUGGGCAUAUUUCACCGAAUACAUCAUGUUGGCUAUCUCGCUCGUAUAUUACCCCUUCAAAAAAAUUGAAUCCUUCACUCACCUACCAUGGUCCUAUAGUUCCAUUCAUCCGCCACAACCGUAGCAUGGGCGGAUCUAAUAUGAAACAUGGUGUGGCACCAGUUCCAUGGUUAGCCGAGCGGUAUGCGUCUUUUGAUGAUGUGUGCUUCUCAACUCGCUUUUGAACAAUUUAUUUUUUAUUUUUUUAAGUUAUUAGUAAAAAAGGUUGUUGCAAGGAAUCGAACCUGCAACACAAUCAUAAAAUGCUUCCACCUAUACCAUUUCACUAUAUUGUUUAAG